AUGGUUGGUACUACUCAUUUUAUCAACGCUCUUAUUCAACGCCAAAGCCUUACCCGAGUGUGUACUCUACGCCUGUGCGGACCAGCUACGCAUUCACUUCGACCCAUGUCUAAUUGGCCAGAUGAUUUGAAGAUACAGGUGGAUGGUUUGACAGCACUUGUUUCUGGUGGCUAUUUCUUUGAUGGUUCGCCUAUCGCUCCAUUGGACGAAGAAGAAAUUCGUUCACUCGUUCGUCAAGCUCUUACAUCUGAUAUUAAUUCGUUCUGUGUUUGUGGUGUUUUCUCUCCAUGUCGACCCGAUCAAGAAGAACGUGUUGCUGAGAUCAUUCGCGAAGAAUCAUCGGAUGCAUUCAUUACUGUUUCACAUGAAAUUGCUGGCCUAGGCUUAAUCGAACGCGAAAAUGUAUCGAUUCUCAAUGCAUGUCUUCGCCCACUGGCUCUUCGCACUAUGAAAGCAUUAGAGAAAGCCAUUCCUGAUGGAAUACCUGUGUUUCUCACUCAAAACAAUGGAACUUUGUUAUCCAUCGAUCAAUGUAUUCGGUUUCCUGUUCUUACAUUUGCUAGUGGUUCGACAAACUCAAUGAUCGGUGCAGCACAUCUGACCGGUAUUCAAAACGGAAUAGUGAUUGAUGUGGGAGGAACAUCGACUGAUAUCGGAGUGAUCGUCAAUGGAAGACCAAGACACACACAUGCGAAAGUAUAUCUGGUUGAUGAUAUUCGUGUCAAUAUGAGCAUGCCUGAUGUACUUUCGCUACCAUUGGGAGGUGGCACAGUUAUACAUGUUGAUAAGGAAACUGGAUCAGUAUGUGUCGGUCCGGAUAGUGUCGGCUAUCAGUUAGUAACACAAGCAUUGGCUUUUGGUGGUGAAAUUAUUACCGGCACAGAUGUAGCGUUAGCUGCAAAACUGACUUCUCAGAUUGGUCAUUCUACUGUGCAAUUACCGUCGUUCAUUGUCGACCAAGUGAUCGACCAUAUCAAAAAUACAAUCAGUAGAGGCAUCGAUCGAAUGAAGACCAACGAAGAGCCCAUACCUGUCAUUUUAUGUGGCGGAGGAUCAAUUCUCGUGAAUCCAAAACAAACAUUCGAUGGUGUCACACAGAUGAUUCGUCCACCUCACUAUUCGGUCUGUAAUGCUGUGGGUGCUGCUCUUUGUCGAGUGAGCGCUACGGUUGAAUCAAUCGUUGACCUUGUUCCAUCCUCAAUCGACGAUGGAGUACAACGAAAGCAUGAAAUCGAUCGAUUAACAUUGCUAGUUCAACAGCAAUGUGAACAAAAGGGGGCUCAUCCAAAUACAAUUCACUUAGUCGACAUCGAACAAGUACCGUUGGCUUAUUAUCCAGGCGGAUAUAAGCAUCGCGUAUUUUUGACUGCUAUCGGACAGCUCGAUCUUUUCAAACUCAGAGGACAUCAUCAACAAAGUGGAGAACAGCAACUUUUGCCAGAAGUUCCACUAGGAAAACCGCAAUCAUCUAAGCCAUCAAAAUAUAUGAAUAUGGUCAACAAACAGCCUACGUUUGAUGAACAUGGCUUUUGGAUCAUCGAUUCAAUUGAUAUUGAAUAUAUCGCUUAUGGAGUUGGCAUUCUUGGUUGUGGCGGUGGUGGUGAACCUUAUCAUACAAAAUUGUCGUGUCUGGAAAUGCUGAAGAACUGCAAUGGUGUAAUGCGUGUAAUAUCUCCUUUUUCUCUUCAUCCAUCAUUGGAUCUGGUCGCUAGUAUUGGUUUCAUGGGUGCACCAACUGUAUCUUAUGAGCAGUUACCAAGUGGCAUGGAAUGUCUCUUGGCGAUUGGUCGUGUCGAAGAAUAUCUUUCUAGAAAAGUUACAGCUGUAUUCUGCGGAGAAAUCGGUGGUGCGAAUGGAUUACGUGGUUUAUUGGUGGCAGCAAGCAAACAAGUGCCAUGCGUCGACUGUGACAACAUGGGAAGAGCCUUUCCUCGACUCGAUCAGAAGCUAUCAUUCAUUCGAGGUCAAAGUGUUACACCUACCUGUUUAUGCAGUGUUCAUGGACGUACAGUACUGUAUACAAAAGAAACAAUAGGAAAUGCACAACAGCUUGAGGAGACACUAAGAAAGGAAUGUACAAAGAUGGGUCUUAGGGGUGGACUGUGUCUACCACCACAGACAGCUGACGAAGUACAAAAGUACACAGUGCAUCAUAGUCUUUCGUUAGCUUGGUUUCUCGGAAAAGCUAAAUUCAGUCAUCAUACUAAUGCUAUUCAAGCAGUUGCUGAAGCUGGCAAUGGCCGAAUUAUCGUUUCAGAUGGAAAAGUAGUCGGUGUGGAACGGAACACUAGUUCUGGUUUUGUUCGAGGCCAUGUAAUAAUCGAUGUCGAAGGAAGAAUGGUAAUAAUCGAUUUUCAAAAUGAAAAUUUGGUGGCUCGAUUCGAAGACAAAGAAGUACUUGCCAGUGUACCUGAUCUGAUCACGCUCGUUGAACAGGAUUCGGGUGAGCCAUUUUCUACAGAAACUGUCAAAUACGGAUGUCGUGUCUCAGUACUCGUGCUACCAGCACCUGAACCAAUGGUUACACAAGAGGCUCUCAAAUAUGUGGGGCCCAGUGCAUUUGGCUAUGACCAUUGUUACAUACGACCUUCGUAUCAUGUUCCAGUGAAAUCCGUUUGGGAUAUGUAUUAUAAUAAACCAUCUAUAUUAUCCAAUACUUCUUUAAUAAAUGACAACUCAAAUUAA